AUGCGUCGUCUGGAGCAGAGCGAAGUGCAGGCUAGCACAGGAAGCGAUCACGUUUCGCUGGUCUCUUUUCUGGCACUGCAAGCACUCCUAUACGCUACCGCCCUCAGCGGUGUUCUGGUGCCUUGCUUGGGCAACGACAGCGACACUGAGGUUGGGCAAGUGUCCAGCGCCGCCUGCGAGGAAUUCGGCCCGCAAGCCGACCCCAGACUGAGACUCGCAGUAGCGCGGAGGACGCAGCGGCCCCAAGCGGCUCGGCGUUCGUGGAAACACGUUUUCGAGGACUGGGGUCGCGGCGUUGCCGCUGGGGUGCUCCUAUCCGCAGCGCUGGUGCAUAUCCUCCCGUCCAGUGCUGUGCAGCUCGAAGAUAACCUAGCCACUGCGUACGGAAUGGAACGCAGCACUGCUGUUUCUCUGUUGGGAACCUGUUUCCUCGUAGGCGUGCUGGGUGUCUACUGCAUCGACUUGAGAGCGCGACGCGCUGCCGACGCACCCAGAUUGCCAAGUCCGUUAUGCGUAGACGCUCGAGCGCCACAUCCUUGGGGCGAUUGUUCGCAGCGACCGGCACCAUCCGAGCGAGUGGAUUCUGGACAUCCGCUUUCCCAGCUCGAAGCACACCCUGCAUCGACAAGCGCUGCAUUGCAACGUUCACAGCCUGCAACUGCCGAGCACCAUCUGCGGCCAAUCUGGAAAAUCCUGCUCUGCUCGCUGUCCUUUCACGCCCUAUCAGAGGGUAUGGCGCUUGGCUUGUCCGUGUAUCGCACGUUCGUCGCGAUGUACCUUGCGAUUAUUUUGCAUAAAUUUUUCGCGGGGCUCGCGCUUGGCGUAUCGCUUGCCAGCGCAAGAGAGCCAAUGGCGCGUUGUCUCAGGGCUGGAGCGCUUUUCGCAGCGGCAACGCCAUGUGCCGCUACCCUAGCGAGGCUGUCAGCGCACUGGAGUCAGUUGGACAGCGCCCGCUCGGGAGGAGCAGUCCGAAUCGUAGGCGGCCUCCUGAAUGGAAUUGCUGCCGGGAGUUUCCUAGCGAUCAGUUUACUCGAAAUCAUACCUUGUCCGAGGAAUUCUGCUGAAGCUAGCCAAGUGGCGCCAUGGAUUGGAAAAUCGCACGAAAAUGCCAUGGAUUGGUACCGGGGAACGCCCGGCUAUGAGACGCUAACGACAGCGGAUUCAUGUGCAACCCUGAAUGCUGGCGUAGAUACGGCUGCAGAUCCAAUGGCAGCGAUGUCGAGUCGACAAACGCUCGUUCCGUUGCUUUUUAGUGCGGCUACAUUCUCGCUGCUUGCGCUGUGGAUUUGA